CAGCCAUGGAAAUUGAAGACGCCUCGGCGCACGAAACGAGAUCGCUCUGCGUUAGAUAGAGCUGAAGACACCAAACGAGCCCGGCAAUCCUCGCCCAUAGCCAAACCCGUGUUUGGCCGCCUCCAAGUGACCGCUGACGCCGAUGGUGUCAACGAAGUCACGAGCCGCUACCUUGGCCAGGCGGUCGUCGACCACAUGUCGGACAACGUGUUCGCCUUGUACGGUCCACGCGAGCAGGCCCACGAAAUGCUCGACAAGAUUAUGAAGUAUGGCAACGGUGCCGUCUUCUCCUGCGUCGCCCGCUUUGUCCCAUGCCCUCAACCAUCGCGAGAUGCACAGCAUGAGCAAGUUGUUCAUGCUCCAGCUGUAUCCCCGGGUCACGAUCUUCCCGAGCCUUCUCCUCCUCCUCCUCCUCCGCCGCCUCGUCUUCCGAAUUUGGAGAUGGAAGUAGCUACUAGUGGACGUUUCAGGCGAUCUUUAUCUAUACAAAUUAAAAGGGAAAGGGGCCUCGAAACCGAUGGGCAGGCUGAUCGACAGGCCGCUGGUCUAAUCGAAAGUCGCCAGGUCGAGCGACAGGCUGGUCAACAGGCUGGUCAACAGGCUGGUCAACAGGCUGGUCAACAGGCUGGUCAACAGGUCGUUCGCCAGGCCAAUCGCCAGGCCGAUCGCCUCAUCGAAGGUCGCCGCAGUGAUCGCCAGACCCAGCAACACACUGGUCAGAUCGAAAGUCGCCAGGCCGAUCGCCAGAUCCAGCAACACAGUGGUCAGCAGAAUUCUCGCCAGGCCAGUGGUCUAGUCGAAAGUCGUCAGACUCAUCGUCAGGUCCAGCGACGCUACGGACAGAACGAUCCUCUGCCAUCCAUGGAGUCCCCGGGAAACAUGGCUCGUCGCUCCUCGCACCAAAUUUACUCCAACUCACCGAUCUCUGAUGAGCAGAGGCCCAUAUCGUCGAGGGCUCAGCGGCGCCGCAGAAAUACGCGUGGCCAAAAUCACCUGGUACACAAGACGAGACCAGACCCCCACACUCACGUGCUGCUGGAAAGGUUAGACUCUGGCCUUGCCGAAUUCGAGUUCUUGAAGAGGGACUCUGACUGCAGCCACAUGGUAUGUGGCAGCUGCUCAGGCGUGGGCCACCACCUCUUGGACUGCGUUUGGCCCGACUCUGGAGGCGAUUUGGUGGGCUGUCCAUUCUGCAACACCAAGGAGCACUUCAUGGACUUUUGUCCGCAGCAGCCGGUAUUCACCAACUUUCAAUGGACGCACAUCCUUGUCUUUCGUCGAGCCAACAAGCCCCCGCUCAGGACCAGGCGCAGCUGGUUCUCUUAUGCCAAGAUUGCCGACGAUCACGCCGCUGGUGUCGCUGUUGAUUUCUACUCUGCAGAUAACAUGUCGCGUUACCCAUGGAUCGGAUACAACUACUACCACGAUACCACGGCCCAGGAGUCUUUAACAAAGGAUCCAGCGACGGCAAGUCACUACACCGUGCUCAGAAGCGACCAUCUGGAAAACGAGCGGUUUGUGGAAAACCGACGCUAA